AUCGCACUUAAAAUUACACCAAUGGUAUACACACUGUAUAAAUAUACAAAAUGCUACUGAUAGAAAUAUUAUGGGCAACAGCCAUACUAGGGCAGGCACGCGCUAUAGGAUUGGAGCCACUACUGGAGUCAAAUAGACCGCCAUACACACUUAUCAACUUCGCAUUGGAACAAGAUACUAGAGUGGAUCAAAUAGGAGAACUACAAAGACAGCAGGCACAAGGAAGACGAACAAGACUAGCGACCCAAUUUAACCGACGAAGAGAUUGGCUGGAUAACCAAUUUAAUGAACUGAAAGACAAACAAAUGAACAACAGAGCUGCGUAUAUAUCACCAUGAUACGC